AUGCUCACCAAUGUUAUAACUGAAAUCUCUCCCCUCACGCUGGUAGUGAUGUCUCUGGAGAGGUAUGUAGCUGUGUGCUACCCACUGAGGCACGCUACCAUCAUCACCAUCAGAAACACAGGGGUGGCGAUUGGUGUAGUUUGGACAUUCUGUUCUCUAAAUGUUUUCAUCCAAGUUAUUUUGCUGUUAGAAUUUCCAUUUGACGACCUGGAGAUUGAACAAAUGAAAGGUUUUUGUGCUAAAGAAAACAUGCUGCUUGGUCCAAUGUCUCAUCAUUAUAACAAAGCCUACACUUAUUUUGUGUUUAUAUCAGCUAGUGUAGCAAUCAUUUCCUCUUAUAUUGGUGUGAUGAUAGCAGCCAGGUCAGCCUCCACAGACAAAGCUUCAGCUGGUAAAGCUCGUAAUACAUUGCUGCUGCAUCUGGUGCAGCUGGGCCUCAGUCUCUCCUCAACUAUACACAACCCAUUUCUCAUAGUUAUCUCAAAGGUCUUAACGUCAUUGACCCUCAUACGAAUUCAAAUUGUUGUUUAUGUGUGUAUUAUACUCCUCCCCAGAUGUCUAAGUGCUCUCAUCUGUGGUAUCAGAGACCAAACCAUCAGACCCAUCCUUGUAUACCAUUUAUGCUGUAGACUGAAACUGAGAGCCAAGGCUGAGGUCUCACCUUAA